AUGGAGGCGGAUUGGGAUGAAAUCACCCGCAUAGCAGUGCCCUCUUCGGGUCUGCACGCGAUCCCUCCUCCCGCCAGUGCCAUCGCAUUCGACGAUGUGCAAGAACUCCUUUGGGUCGGCAAUGACCAGGGACGGGUCACGUCUUUCUACGGCGCCGAUCUGCAACGGUAUGUCUCGGUCAAGGCUCAUCUGGGCGAGGGUCCCGUCAAGCAGCUACUGGUCCACGAGAAGGGCAUCAUCUCCAUCUCUGCUUCCAGUGCCCAUUGCGUCAGUCGAAGGGGCUUGACACAAUGGCAUAUCGCGCAUCCGAACAUGAAUGAUCUGCGAUGCAUGACCUUCGCCAGCGUGGGGACGCACAACCUCAUCAUCGUCAACGGGUGCCACAGUACCUUCUUCGUUAUCGACCUGGACAAGGGUCAGAUCGUGUCAGAACAUCCCGCACAGGCAAAGUACACCAUUAUGAAGAAAAACCGGCAUAUUUGUGCCGCUACCGACGACGGAAACGUGCAUAUUUUGAGCCUCACCGACUACCGACUGCUCAAAUCGUGGAAAGCACAUUCCAGUGCUGUCAAUGACAUGGAUGCUCGCAAUGACUUUCUCGUGACUUGUGGUUUCUCAGUCCGGCAAAUGGGCGUACCUAUUGUUGACCCAUUGGCGAACGUCUACGACCUGAAAUCUUUAACCUCGCUGCCGCCUAUUCCGUUCCAUGCAGGUGCUGCAUAUGUCCGUUUGCACCCGAAACUACAAACAACCAGCUUCGUGGCGUCGCAAACCGGCCAGAUGCAGGUGGUGGAUCUGAUGAAUCCCGUCAACGUGAUGCUCAAGCAGGCAAACGUGCAAUUUAUGCUGGGCAUGGAAAUUGCCUCGUCCGGAGACGCUGUGGCCAUCAUAGAUACGAAUGGAUGGAUAUAUCUCUGGGGUUCUCCAUCCAAGGUCCGCUUCAACAACAUUAGCAAAGAGACCGAAUUUGCAGACCCUCCUCCACAGAAUGUGCCGCACGUUGACUGGAAUGACGCACCACUCAACACGAUAGGCAUGCCAUACUACUCCGAACCCUUACUAUCAGCUUGGCCCAGCCAUAUGAUUUUCGAGGUAGGAGCGCCACCCCCGACAAUCGAGCCGUCGCUAGUAUUUCACAUGCAAACUGCCGAGAUGGGCCACUACGCUCCCAACCUGAAUCCACGGAAACUUCUUCGGUACCAAGUCGAAGACACGAGAAUCGGCCACGUGCCCACAUCAAUCGCGGCACCGAAAUUUUUGAGCGAGAGAGCAAAGGAUCAACCCGCCAAUGGAGCUGGUACGAAGCUGGCCGAUGCGGCAGAGGCCCUUGCCGGUGUCUCGUUGAACGUACGAGCUCAGACGGACGAGGAGCGAAUGCUAAAGUACAGCAAUGUCGAGAUCAAGUACAGCCGAUUCGGUGUUGACGACUUCGACUUCCGAUACUACAACAAGACACCAUAUUCCGGCCUCGAAACUCACAUUGCAAACUCAUUCGUCAACUCUCUGUUGCAGUUGUAUCGAUUUGUUCCGCUUCUCCGCAACGUCGCCAUACAGCAUGCCGCGACGUCGUGUGUUGCCGGCAACUGUCUCCUUUGCGAGUUCGGGUUUCUUUUCGACAUGCUGGAGAAAGCCAAUGGUCAGAACUGCCAGGCGACAAAUCUGCUCCGGGCCUUCGGAGCCUCUAGAGAAGCUGCGAAUCUCAGUCUGUUUGAGCACUUGUCGGUGGCUAAUGUGACACCGCUGUCCACCAAUAUUCAAGCAGUGAACCGAUUCUUUCUGAAGCAGAUGGCCCAUGACUACACGUUGAUUGCGUCGACCAGCGAUGGUGUGGAUGAGGUCAUUGCGACCAAGGCUUUUGAAGCAAUACGAUGUAUGUACUGCAACAAUGAAACCUCCAAACCGGCCAGCACGUAUGUGCAUGACUUGGUCUAUCCUCAGCUGGACUCGAAACACUCGACGAGGUAUAUCAAAUUCUCAUCUGUUCUCAAGAGCACCAUUGAGCGGGAAGCCAAGAAUCGAGGCUGGUGCAGCCGAUGCCGACGGUAUCAGCAACUUGCCAUCCGCAAAACUAUCCGGCAAUUGCCUUUUGUUUUGAUGAUCAAUGCGGCGCUGGGCAGCAACACUGCAAUGCGCAACCUCUGGGAAACUCCAGGGUGGCUCCCGUCCGAGAUCGGCCUCACCGUGCAGGAUAGGAACGUGUACGUUUUCGAGGGUUCCGAUCUUGCUUUGCACAUUCGAAACAAGUCACCAGGUCUCAUGGUCUAUGAACUGGUCGGAUUCGUGGCUGAGAUUGACACCAGCGAGCGGCACCAGCCUCACCUGGUCAGCAUGGUCAAUGUGGAAGUAUCAAGCCCUAGGCCGGACGUUCCUUCCAGCCACAAGGUUUUUCCGAACUGGCACUUGUUCAAUGAUUUCUUGGUGUCACCAGUUGAUCCACGAGAAGCGCUGCAUUUCAACAAGAACUGGAAGAUCCCGAGCGUGAUUGCCUACCAGGUCAAGAGCGCUCACGGCAAACUCGACCACAGCUGGAAACGGACGAUGGACACCACGUUGCUGUACCAACACUAUAGCAUCAAUGGUCUAUCUCCCGUUGAUGGCUGCAAGAUCCUGGGGCCACAGGAACAUCCCGCCCAGGGGGCACCGAUAGCCCUUGACACCGAGUUUGUCGAAUUAGAGAAAGCCGAAAUCAAUGUCAAGGCGGAUGGAACACAAGAGACCAUUCGACCAGCCAAAUCCGGUCUUGCGCGAGUCAGCGUUCUCCGAGGGCAGGGUGAGGACGAAGGCGUCCCCUUCAUAGACGACUACAUCACCAUCUACGAGCCGAUUGUCGAUUACAAGACACGGUAUUCUGGCAUUCGACCAGGAGACCUCGAUACGCAAGUCUCACAGCACAAUCUCGUCCCACUCAAAGUGGCAUAUAAGAAACUCUGGAUUCUUCUCAACCUAGGGUGCAUCUUCGUCGGCCACGGUCUGGCCUCCGAUUUUCGCAAAGCAAACAUCCACGUCCCUAAGUCACAAACAGUCGACACACAGUAUCUCUACCUGGCGCCUGGGAAGAACCGUCGUUUCUCACUGCGAUACUUGGCAUGGGCUGUGUUUAAGGAAUACAUCCAGGAAGAGACCAGCUUGGACGAGGCAGCGCAGAUAGACGGACACGACAGCAUCGAGGAUGCCCGUAUGGCGCUACGUCUCUGGCGCAAAUUCCAAGAAUACGAGGACGCGGGUAUCGUGGAGCAGAUGAUCGAAGACAUUUACCGCAAAGGCACAAAGUAUGGGUGGAAGCCGCCACCACGGAGUAUUGGGGGCACCUUGGUGCCGGUGGAUGGCAUGGGUACUGGAGCAGCGAACAGUGCGGUGCAGAGUGGACGGAACACUCCAGACAUGGCGCCAGUGUCUUCGUCGGUGUCGGGCACGCCGCUGCCAAUGUCACCGCCAAAAACAAAUGGUAGUGCGAGUGGCAGCUCGGGAGGUGGAGCGUUCAAGCUGAAUGCGGCGGGAGCAGGGGCUUUUGUGCCGGGCAAUGGAAUCAUCAAGGAGAGUCCACUUCGAUAG